GGUAUAUGUCGGGUAUUUUCACAGUACGAAUUUGCAAGAAAAUACGCCCUGAUUGCUGUAGACGAAGAAUCGAAGAGUAAAGAGGAACAGGCUAUCAGUUUGCUACAAACACUUUGGAAUGUGGUAUGCUACGUUUGUACCUUGAUUUGGCCGCUGUAUUCAAAUCCUGGUCACUUACUGCGUCUUUGGGUGCAACAAUUGGAAAUUGUACCAAAUUGUCUGGGUUAUUCUGGAGAAUUGUACAAAACCUCGAUGCUGUCGUAG